AAUACAUAUAUAAUUGAUUUUUAUAUUUACUUAAAAAUUUACAUUUUGAAGUAAUAUAAAACUUUUUAUAGUCAGAACAAGCUGGACAAUAUUGGUGCAAAUUGGGAGAUAUGUUAUCAACAUUUUAUUAUGUAUCUAUUGAUACUAAUCAUGAAGACAUAAAAGUUGUGUAUCCUAACACUGCACCUAAUAUGCCUCAUGCAACACCAAAACAAAUUAUAGCAGAAUAUAAUUUAAAUAUUUAUACAACGUGGGCUAAAUGGUCAUCGUGUUCUAAGUGCAAUUUAGUUGGUAAAAAAGUUCGAUAUGGACACUGCACUAUAUCUCUACAUGAAAAUGAUAUUAAAUCAUAUGCAGCAACAAAAGAAAAGCAACUCGAAGUUUACAGAAGACAAAGUAUAUUCUUUUUGUGUUAUUCUCUGUCCUUAAUUAGAUAUUAACUAACUUUUAAUCAGAGUAUAAUAACAUUUAGUUACAGAAGAUGAACAAAAUGAAAUGGAAGAAAACACAAUUCAAAGUGAAG